AUGGCCGUGGUCAUUAUUGUGCCAGAUGAAGAUAUCGCCAAAGUCAUCAUUGUGUCAGAUGAGGAUAUCCUUGCGGUAAUCAUGGUAUCAGAUGAGCAUAUCACCACUGCCAUCGUUGUGUCCGAUGUGGAUAUCCCCACGAUCAUUAUUUUGUCAGAUGAGCAUAUCGCCACGGUCAUCAUUGUGUCCAAUGCGGAUAUCCCCACGGUCAUAAUUGUGUCAGAUGAGGAUAUCCUAACCCUCAUCAUUGUGCCAGAUGAGGAUAUCCCCACGGUCAUUAUUCAUUUCCCAUUCAUUGUUUUCUCUUCCGAAUUAAAACAUACAUUUCUCUCCUUUUUUUUUUCUUUUCUAUCUUUCACUUUUAUCUUCUUUCUCUUUCAUCGUUUUUUUCUGUUGUUUUUUUUUUCUUCUUUACUUUUUUUCGUUUCUUUCUUUUCUCUUUCUCAUUUUUCACUCUCCCUUUCCGUUUUUGCCUCUGUUCUUCUCUCUUCUGUUACACAAUUUUCUCCUUCUCACUUUUUCUCUUCUUUCCGUUUUUGCUUUUCUUCUCUCUUCUGUUUCCCACUUUUCUCUUUCUCACUUUUUCUCUCUUUCUUUCCGUUUUUGCUCUUCUUCUCUCUUCUGUUUCCGAAUUUUCUCUUUCUCAAAUUUUUCUCUUUCUUUCCGAUUUUGCCUUCUUUUCUCUUUGUUUUAGUUUUUUUUUUUUUUCUUCUUUCUUCUGUUCUGUUUCUUCGAAUUUUCUCCAUUUUUUUCUCAAAUUUUUUCUAUUUCUUUCCGUUUUUGCCUUCUUUUCUCUUGUGUUUCAAUUUUUUCUCAAUUUUCUCACUUUUUUUUCUUUCUUUUCCUCUUUUUUCCAAUUUUCUCUUUCUUCUUUUUCUUUCUUUCGGUUUUUGCAUUUUUUUCUCUUUUUUCAUUUUUUCUCUAUUUCUUUCGUUUGUACUUUACUUUAUUUCUCUUCUGUUUCCUAAUUUUCUCUUUCUCAAUGUUUUUUCUCAAUUUUUCUUUCCUUUUUUUGCAUUUUUCUUCUGUUUCCUCUUAAUUUCCAAUUUUUCUCUUUCUCCUUUUUCUUUCUUCUUCUUUUGUUUCCCAUUUUUCUUUUCUCUCUUCUGUUUUCUAUCUUUUUCUCUUUCUCCCAUUUUUCUCUUUCUCAAUUUCUCUCUUUCUUUCCGUUUUUCUUUUUCUUCUGAAUCUUUUUCCCUUUUCUUUCUCAAAUUUCUCUUUCGUUUUUGUUUUUUUUCUCUUUUCUUUCCGUUUUGCAUUUCUUCACUUUCUCUUUCUUUCCGUUUUUGCCUAAUCUCUCUAUUUUGUUUCCUAUUUUCUUCUCAAUUUUUUCCUUCCUUUUUGCCUUUCAUUUUUCUUCUCUUUUCUUUCCGUUUUUCCGUUUUUGCCUUUCUUCUUCUCUCUUCUGUUUCCCAAUUUUCUUUUUCUUUCGUUUUUCCUUUCUUCUUUCUUUUUUUUCCAAUUUUUUCUUUUUUCACUUUUUUCUUUCUUUGUUUUUCCCUUUCUUCUCUCUUCUUUUUCUUUUCUCUUUCUCAUUUUUUCUUUCUUUCUUUCUUUUUCUUCUUUUUGAAUUUUCUCUUCUCUUUUCUCUUCUUUCUCCGUUUUGGUUUUUUCUUCUCUUCUGUUUCACACUUUUUUUUCUCUUUUUUUUCUUUUUCCGUUUUUUUCUUCUUCUUUCUUCUGUUUCCCAAUUUUCUUCUCAAUUUUUCCGAUUUUCUCUUUCUGUUUCAAUUUUUUCUCCUUUUUUAUUUUUCUUUCCGUUUUUUCUUUUUUCUCUCCUGUUUCCCAAUUUUCUUUCCAUAUUUUUUCUUUCUUUUCUUUUUUUUUGUCUUUUUCUCUCUUUUUUCGUUUUCCGUUUUCUUUUAUUCUUCUCUCUUCUAUUUCCAAUUUUCUCCACAUUUUUCUUUCUUUCCAUUUUGCUUUUCUCCUUCUCUUCUCUCCCCAUUUUUCUUUUUCCGUUUUGUCUUUCCGUUUUUUCUUUCUUCUUCUCUUCUGUUCUCCAUUUUUUCCCUUCUUCAUGUUUUCUGUUUCCCAUUUUUUUUUUUUCCGUUUUUUUGCCUUUCUUCUUCUCUCUCCUGUUUUCCCUAUUUUUCUCUUUCUCUUUUUUCCGUUUUUCUUUCUUUCCGUUUCCCAUUUUCUAUGUUUUUGUUAUUGCCUUUCUUCUCUCUAUUCUGUUUCCUGAUUUUCUCUUUCUCAAUUUUUCUCCGUUUUUUCUUUUUUUUUUCCUUUUCUCUUUCCGUUUUUUUUAUUCUUUUCUUCUUUCUCUUUUUCCCAUUUUUCUCUUUCUUUCCGUUUUGCUUUUUUCUUUCUGUUUCCAUUUUUUUUCUUUCCGUUUAUGCCUUUCUUCUCUCUCCGUUUUCCCAUUUUUCUCUUUCUCAAUUUUCUCUUACUUUCCGUUUUUGA